AUGUCAGAGACUUCCUCUCAUGACUCCUUCUACGAUUCCCUAUCAGAUAUGCAGGAAGAAGACAAGAAUGCUGAUUUCUUCCCUGAGCUAUCUGCUUUUCUCAGCCAGGAAGAGAUAAACAAGAGUCUUGACCUGGCCCGGAGAGCUAUAGCCAGCUCUGAAACAGAAGAUUUUGACUCAGAAAAGGAGAUCUCGCAGAUUUUCAGCACCUCUCCUGUAAGCCUCUGUGAAAAUCCUCCUCAUAAGGAGACCAAACUGGGUGAGCAAACCUCCUCAAGAAGACUUCAAGAGACCAGGCCAACAUCUGUCCAGUCUCUGGCAGAACCACAGACUAAGAGUAUCUCUUCACCUGUUUCGAAGAGGAAACCUGCCUUAUCACCCCUGCUUGCCAGGCCCAGCUAUAUCCGGAGCCUCCGAAAAGCUGAAAAAUGUGGUGGAAAAACUCCAAACACAAGUAUAAAGCCCAAACGGGCAUAUCAAGGCAAAGCAGGCCCCCAGAGCGAGCUGUGUGACAAGGCAGCUAAUUUCAUUGAGGAGCUGACAUCCAUAUUUAGAGAAGCAGCAAAGCCGAGAAAUAGAAGCCCAAACGGGGAGUCUUCGUCACCAGACAGCGGGUACUUGUCUCCUAAAAACCAGCCUUCAGCCCUAAUGAGUGCCUCAGCCAGCCAUAGCCCUACAGAAGACCAACAGGAGAUGGAAACAAAGGUUAAGUUGCCAGAGGCCAGGCGUCGCUAUCAGGUCAACCACGAUGGGGUGAUGCCGUGCAAUAAUAUGUCUCACCCACAACUUCAGAAUCCACUCCACUUCCCCUCCGCGCCUCGAUUCAUCCAAAAGCUGAGGAGCCAAGAGGUGGAAGAAGGCAGUAGAGUUUAUUUGGAGUGUAGAGUCACUGGAAACCCAACUCCUCGAGUCAGAUGGUUCUCUGAGGGGAAAGAGCUGCACAACACUCCUGACAUUCACAUCCACUGUGAGGGUGGGGACCGCCAUACAUUGACCAUAGCAGAGGCCUUUGAGGAGGACACAGGCCGCUACACCUGUCUGGCUACGAACCCCAGUGGCUCAGACACAACAUCUGCUGAGGUGUUCAUUGAAGGUGCCAGUUCAUCAGAUUCUGACAGUGAAAGUUUAGCUUUCAAAUCAAAACCUGGAGCUAUGCCACAAGCUCAAAAGAAAACAACUUCAGUUUCCUUAACAAUAGGAUCAUCAUCUCCAAAAACAGGAGUGACCACAGCUGUGAUUCAACCCCUGUCUGUCCCUGUUCAACAGGUUCACAGCCCAACUUCAUAUCUCUGCCGACCUGAUGGAACCACUUCUGCCUACUUUCCUCCUGUUUUCACAAAGGAACUGCAAAACAUAGCAGCAUCAGAAGGCCAGGUGGUGGUUCUGGAGUGCCGUGUGCGAGGAGCACUCCCUUUGGAGGUCAAGUGGUUCCGACAAGGCAGUGAAAUCCAAGACUCUCCAGAUUUCCGGAUUCUACAGAAAAAACCAAGAUCUACAGCUGAACCUGAAGAGAUAUGUACCCUAGUUAUUGCUGAGACGUUCCCUGAAGAUGCAGGGAUCUUUACAUGCACUGCAAGAAAUGAUUAUGGAUCAGUAACAAGCACUGCCCAGUUGGUUGUCACCUCAGCCAACAGUGAAAACUGUAGCUAUGAUUCAAUGGGAGACUCCAACAGUGAUCACUUCCAACACUUUCCACCUCCUCCUCCAAUCUUGGAGACAAGUUCCUUUGAGUUGACUGCAAAGAAACCAUCUGAGAUCCAGCAGGUGAACAGCCCUGAGUUGGCACUUAGCAAGGCAGCCUUUCAAAUGAAAUUCAAUUCUGCUGAGAGAGAAACUAACGGAGUCCAUCCCAGCCAUGGAGUAAAUGGACUGAUUAACGGCAAAACUAACAGUAAUAAAUCUCUUCCAACACCAGCUGUCCUACAUUCACCCACUAAGGAGCCACCACCUCUGCUUGCCAAACCCAAACUGGACCCUCUGAAAAUACAGCAACUCCAGAACCAAAUACGCCUGGAACAGGAGGCCAGCGCCCCGCGGAGCGCGCCGCCCUCGCCGCCCUUCCCGCCGCCGCCCGCCUUCCCCGAGCUCGCGGCCUGCGCGUCGCCUGCCUCCCCGGAGCCCAUGAGCACGCUCGCCUCCCGCUCUGCCCCCGCCAUGCAGUCCUCCGGCUCUUUCAACUAUGCGCGCCCCAAGCAGUUCAUCGCCGCGCAGAACCUAGGCCCCGCGUCCGGCCACGGCACGCCGGCCUCCAGUCCCAGCUCCUCCAGCCUUCCGUCUCCCAUGUCCCCGACGUUGAAGCAGUUCGGCCGCGCACCGGUGCCGCCCUUCGCGCAGCCCUUAGGCGCCGAAGCCGAGGCUCCGUGGGGCCCGUCCUCGCCGUCUCCCCCGCUGCCGCCGCCGCCGCCCCCGGUCUUCAGCCCCACGACGGCCUUCCCGGUGCCCGACGUGUUCCCGCUGCCAUCACCGCCACCUCCGCUGACAAGCCUGGGCUCCCACUGCUCCUCACCCGCCACCCGCUAUGGCCAUAGCCAGACGCCCGCCGUCUUCCUCAGCUCCUUGCUGCCCUCGCAACCGCAGCCACAGCCCGUCGCAGUCAACGCCUUGGGGCUGCCCAAGGGCGUCACCCCCGCGGGAUUUCCAAAGAAAGCUAGUAGAACUGCUAGAAUAGCCUCUGAUGAGGAAAUCCAAGGCACAAAGGACGCUGUCAUUCAAGACCUGGAACGAAAACUUCGCUUCAAGGAGGACCUGCUGAACAAUGGCCAGCCGAAGUUAACGUAUGAAGAAAGAAUGGCUCGUCGACUACUAGGUGCUGACAGUGCAACUGUCUUUAAUAUUCAGGAGCCAGAAGAGGAACCAGCUAAUCAGGAGUACAAAGUUUCCAGCUGUGAACAGAGACUCAUCAGUGAAAUAGAGUACAGGCUCGAAAGGUCUCCUGUGGAUGAAUCAGGUGAUGAAGUUCAGUAUGGAGAUGUGCCUGUGGAAAAUGGAAUGGCACCAUUCUUUGAGGUGAAGCUGAAACAUUACAAGAUCUUUGAGGGAAUGCCUGUAACUUUCACAUGCAGAGUGGCUGGCAAUCCAAAGCCAAAGAUCUAUUGGUUUAAAGAUGGGAAGCAGAUCUCUCCAAAGAGUGAUCACUACACCAUUCAAAGAGAUCUUGAUGGGACCUGCUCUCUCCAUACCACAGCUUCCACCUUAGACGAUGAUGGGAAUUACACCAUUAUGGCUGCAAACCCUCAGGGCCGCGUCAGUUGUACUGGACGGCUAAUGGUACAGGCUGUCAACCAAAGAGGCCGCAGUCCCCGUUCUCCCUCAGGCCAUCCUCAUGUCAGAAGGCCUCGUUCCAGAUCAAGAGAUAGUGGAGAUGAAAAUGAGCCCAUUCAGGAGCGAUUCUUCAGACCUCACUUCGUACAGGCUCCUGGAGAUCUGACUGUUCAAGAAGGAAAACUCUGCAGAAUGGAUUGCAAAGUCAGUGGGUUACCAACCCCAGAUCUAAGCUGGCAGCUAGAUGGAAAGCCCGUGCGCCCCGACAGUGCUCACAAAAUGCUUGUGCGUGAGAAUGGGGUGCACUCUCUGAUCAUAGAGCCAGUCACCUCACGAGAUGCCGGCAUCUACACUUGUAUAGCCACCAACCGAGCAGGACAGAAUUCAUUCAGCCUGGAGCUUGUGGUUGCAGCUAAAGAAGCACACAAACCCCCUGUGUUUAUCGAGAAGCUGCAAAACACAGGAGUUGCUGAUGGGUACCCAGUGAGGCUGGAAUGCCGUGUUUCAGGAGUGCCACCACCUCAGAUAUUUUGGAAGAAAGAAAAUGAGUCACUCACUCACAGCACUGACAGAGUGAGCAUGCAUCAGGAUAAUCAUGGCUACAUCUGCCUGCUCAUUCAGGGAGCCACAAAAGAAGACGCUGGGUGGUAUACUGUGUCAGCCAAGAAUGAAGCUGGGAUUGUGUCCUGUACUGCCAGGCUAGAUGUUUACACCCAGUGGCAUCAGCAGCCACAGAGCACCAAGCCAAAAAAAGUACGGCCCUCUACCAGUCGCUAUGCAGCACUUUCGGACCAGGGACUAGACAUCAAAGCAGCGUUCCAACCCGAAGCCAACCCAUCUCACCUGACACUGAAUACCGGCUUGGUGGAAAGUGAGGACCUGUAAUCCAACAUUCUUGUUACAGCUGAGACACUGAUACAGCCUUUUUGCCUUGAUCAGCAUAUUCCUUUGUCACAUUGUAAGAGGCAGAAACAAACCUUUGACUAUAAGAAAUUUUUAAAAAAAACCACCAAAAUAAUAUUCUUCUUACUUGAUAUACCAAACUUAGAGUUUAAGAAGGUGAUACUAAUAGAAACGUACACACUGCACAGAAAAUUCACAUUCAUCAUCCAAUUUAAAACUUUUAGAAUUGCUGUGAUUUAAAUGGUCUGAAAUGCCAAAAUGCUAAAGGAACUCAAUUGUGCGAAGGUAACCACAAUUUGUAUUAUCAGUAAGUGCCUUCAAACACAAGCUAUAGGUGCUAUGUAGCAUGAUAAAAUGAAAUGCUUAACAUGAGGCAAUUGUACAACAAAUAAUACUAAAAUGAUUCUAAAGUGGGAGUAUAUCCAGACAGCUACAGUGAAACAAGUGCAAUAUGUAAGGAUGAGAAAGGAAAAAGAAAUCCAAGUAAAUGCCUUGUCUUUACAAAUUGUUUUAUAUAAAUCAUAAGGAAGGAACUAUUUGCCUUAAAUUUCAUGGAUACCAAGACUUUUCUAACAAAGUUAAUACCUACAUUCUUAACUUUUUUUUCUUUAUGUGUAGAAUUUUCUUUUCAUGCUACCUUGGUAGGAAGCUUAUUUACAAACCAUAUUAAAAGGCUAAUUUAAGUAUAAGUAAUAUAAAGUAUUCUGAAUAAAGCAGAAAUAUAUGACUGUCCAUUCCACGAAAGGCAUCCAAACCACCCAGAUGACCAAGGCAUGUAGUAUUUGGAGGAAACAAGGGCUUGGAAGGGGAAUAGGGAGGGCAAUGAAGGAAAAUGCUAGCAGCCCAAUUAUACUGUAUUCAUUUAGAUCAAACGAGAAGGGCCAAGCUUUUCUUUGGUUUUCUUCAAAACCAGUCUAAAAUGUAAAUUAAAAAAAAAGAAAAACACUGCCAUUUACAAGUCAAGGAAUCCAUGGUCAGCUGGAAAUUUGGAGCACGUGUGCUAUGGAAAUUUCAGUGUGUCUGAAGUUUGUGUAGUAGUUGAAGAUUUUAGAUGUGUAGAGCAAGUUGAAAAUGGAUUGAGACUGCAAGAUUGACCUGAAUGAGGACCUAGUUUACCUGAGGGAAAUGAAGACUUAAGGAGAGAGAAAAACAGGUUUGUGCCUGUUUUUUUUUUCCAAUGGCAUCAAGAUAUGGUGAAUGGAAAAUACUAGUUCAUGUCCCUGCUGCCAUGAAACCUUGCUGUAAAAAGGUGCUGGGUUCUGAGCAGUUUGUAGUGGUGUCUUAGCCAAGACUGCUUUUUAAAUGCCGAUGAUUCUGCAUCAGCUAGAUUGAGUUGAUUCUGACCAGACUUGAUGGUUUUAAGUCGGAACCAAUAAAUCUUAAAAAGGAGAAAAAAAUAAUUUGGCCUAAUAUUAUAAAACAUGAGGCUUUAAUGGUACUUUGUUAUGAAAAGAGAACACUGUAUUUCUUAUGCAAAACACAUAUACCUUUCAUUAUUUAUACUAAAAUUGUCAAACUCUUGUAGCUCACUUACUCAAUUCAAUAUGUAGUGUGUGUUUUUUUUUUAAUAAUUUUGUAUCUGUGUACCACCCUAUAUAUUUCCUAUUACUGCUUCACAUGUACAGCUUUCUACUUCUUUGUAAGAACACCAACCAACCAUGUUUUAAAUGAUUAAUAGGCUUAAGCACUGGGUGGCAGAUGUUCUAUGCAGAGUGGUACAAGUUUCUUUGGCCACAGUUACAUGCAUUGCUGAUAGGAAUUUAAGAUACCAUACAAAGUCUCUCACGGGCCUAUCUAUAUUAUAGUAUUAUGACUGAUGUCAUAUCUUAUUUGCCAAAUUUUUCUGAAUGUGACUUGCUAAUUUGCUGGGUUUGGGAUUAACUAGCAUUAUUUUGCCACCUUUUAUGUGUAUUUAUAUUAAAAAAAAAAAAGUACUAUCAUACUUCUUUGGAUUGUUGUGCUGGUGUAAUGUGGAUUUAACAUCAAUAAAUAUUUAACAAAUAAUAGUUAUAAUUUCCUGAAGCAGAGUAUUCAGUU